AUGCAACCUCAUAGCCUUGUCGGCAGCCACAUUGACGGCCCCCCCGCAAAAGCCGUUCAGCAAUCGCACCUGCGAGCGACGCCUGCGGAAGAAGUCUACGACCUUGUGUGUGUAGGAUUUGGCCCCGCAAGUCUUGCGAUCGCUGUUGCUCUUCAUGAUGCGAUUGAGAACGGCAAAUUGUCCAAGUCGCGGGCACCAAAGGUCCUGUUCCUGGAGAAGCAACCACAGUUCGCCUGGCAUGCGGGUAUGCUUUUGCCGGGGGCCAAAAUGCAAAUAUCCUUCAUCAAGGACAUGGCAACGUUGCGCGACCCUCGAUCCCACUUCACCUUUUUGAAUUUCCUUCACCAGCGAAAUCGCCUGAUUGAUUUCACCAACUUGAGCACAUUCCUUCCGGCCAGGUCAGAAUAUGAGGAAUACCUGCGGUGGUGCGCGAACCAUUUCGGAGAUGUUAUCCACUACGGGCAAGAGGCUGUCGCAGUGUCACCGGUUCCUACCACUCAAGGCGGAAAUCCGGUGUCGCAAUUCACCGUCACGUCAAGGAAUAUCAAGACUAGCGGCCUAUCCAAAUUUCGAGCAAAGAACGUCUUGCUUGCAAUCGGUGGCCAACCAAGCAUUCCCAAGUCGCUGCCUGCAAACCAUCCCCGCGUAAUACACUCAUCUCAGUAUGCGCAUUUGGUGCCCAAGAUACUGAGCAAGCGAGAUGCUUCCUACCGCGUCGCAGUCAUCGGUGGUGGGCAGAGUGCUGCUGAAAUCUUCAACAACGUUCAAACGUUAUAUCCCAACUCGCGCACGUACCUGGUCAUGAGAGGUGAAUUCUUGAAACCAAGUGACGAUUCUCCUUUUGUCAACUCAAUCUUCAACCCAUCUUUUGUGGAUUCUUUAUACCCUAGAUCAACGGCUUAUAGGAAAGCCCUGAUUGCUGAUGCUCGUGCUACAAAUUACGGCGUUGUACGACUAGAGCUUAUUGAGCAUUUGUAUGAGCGCAUGUAUGAGCAACGUCGUGAGCUUGGUACCGACGAGCGCAAGUGGCCGCAUCGUAUCCUCGGAGCCACUGACAUUGUUGGAGCCGAAUCGGAGGGAGAGAAACUCCGCCUGCGGGUGCGUUCUCUGCGUGACGCUGCCAACAAGGAUACUGUCAACGUCGUCUCCGAGACAGCUGAGGACACCCUGGAGGUGGAUCUCAUCAUCGCCGCAACCGGCUAUCAGAGGAAGGCCCAUUUGACUAUGAUGGACGAUGGAAUUGCCAGCCUGCUCCCCAAGCAAGCGGGUGAUUCUAGCAGCGGGCCAGCUGCCGAUGAGGUGCAGCUUGAUAUCAAGACCAAGCGAUCGGGCGUUGAGCAGAGAAAUGUGAAGGUUUCUCGUGAUUACAGCGUGCAGUUUGCAUCUGGGAAAGUCGCACCGGGUUCAGGCAUUUGGCUGCAAGGCUGUAAUGAGGGCACUCACGGCUUGAGCGAUACCCUUCUGUCUGUGUUGGCCAACCGUUCUGACGAGAUCGUCGACUCGGUCUUCUGUGCUGGCCCUCAGAAGAAGCUGUCCAAGUUGUAA